CGUGUGCGGGCGCUGCAGGAGGAGGUGGAGGGCGUCAAAACCAUCAUGAGCCAGAACGUGGAGCGGAUCCUGGCGCGGGGCGAGAACCUGGAGCAGCUGCACAGCAAGAGCCAGGACCUGGAGGCCACCUCGGAGCACUUCAAGACGACGUCGCAGAAGGUGGCCCGCCGCUACUGGUGGAAGAACGUGAAGCUGCUCAUCAUCCUCGGCCUCGUGGGCGUCGUCAUCCUCAUCCUCAUCAUCCUCCUGGCCACCGGCACCAUCCCCACUAGAGCCCCCCGUCCCCCCGCGGGGACCCCCCGCCUGUCCCCGAGGAAUACAGGGAUGACGAGCCGCGCGUGCGCGGGGCUGGCGCGGUGCCAGCGCGAGGCCGAGGAGGGGACGGAGCUGAUGAAGCAGAACUUCGCCCGGGCGCUGGAGCGGGACGGGCGCCUCAGCGACCUCGACAGCCGGGCCCAGGAGCUGCGCGCCAUGGUGGGCACACGCGGGCACCCGUGGGGAUUUUUACACCUCUCCCCCACAGGCCGCGGGCUGAAGUCUCACGCCUACAUCCACAGCGUCCAGUUCAGCCACCACGUCUUCCUCAACCUCCACACCCUCAAGUUUUACUGCCUCCCAGACAACUAUGAGAUCAUCGACUCCUCGCUGGAGGACAUCACGUACGUGCUGAAGCCCACCUUCACCGCGCAGCAGAUCACCAACCUGGACAAGCAGGCCAAGCUCUCCCGUGCCUACGACGGCACCACGUACCUGCCCGGCAUCGUGGGGCUCAACAACAUCAAAGCCAACGACUAUGCCAACGCUAUCCUUCAGGCUUUAUCCAACGUGCCGCCAUUGAGGAAUUAUUUUUUGGAGGAGGAGAACUACAAGAGCAUCCAGCGCCCGCCCGGGGACAUCAUGUUCCUGCUGGUGCAGCGCUUCGGGGAGCUGAUGCGGAAGCUGUGGAACCCCCGGAACUUCAAAGCGCACGUCUCGCCCCACGAGAUGCUGCAGGCCGUGGUCCUCUGCAGCAAGAAGAACUUCCAGAUCACCAAGCAAGGGGACGGGGUGGAUUUCCUCUCCUGGUUCCUGAACGCGCUGCACUCGGCCCUGGGCGGCACGAAGAAGAAGAAGAAGACCAUCGUCACCGACGUCUUCCAGGGUUCCAUGCGCAUCUUCACCAAAAAACUGCCCCACCCGGAUCUGCCGGCCGAGGAGAAGGCGCAGCUCCUGCAGAACAGCGAGUACCAGGAGAUGAUGGUGGAAUCCACCUUCAUGUACCUGACGUUGGACCUUCCCACCGCCCCGCUCUACAAGGACGAGAAGGAGCAGCUCAUCAUCCCCCAGGUCCCCCUCUUCAGCAUCUUGGCCAAAUUCAACGGCGCCACCGAGAAGGAGUACAAGACCUACAAGGAGAACUUUCUCAAGCGCUUCCAGCUCACCAAGCUGCCUCCCUACCUCAUCUUCUGCAUCAAGCGCUUCACCAAGAACAACUUCUUCGUGGAGAAGAACCCCACCAUCGUCAACUUCCCCAUCACGUGA